AAGGCCACUGAGUCCCCUGUGUCAAUUUGCAUCCGUCCUCUCCUGGUCAGACGGGAGGAGGACACAUCAGCUCCUGAAGUUUCUGCUUCUGCAGGUUUUUUGUUUUGUUUUGUUUUGUUUUAGCAGUCUGAAUGGGACUCAUUCUGGAUAAGAACUCUUAUGGGAUAAAUAUUCUUUAAAAAGAACAUUUUAUCUUUUUUUAACUGCAUUAUGUUUGGGACACUUAGUGGUAAAUUAGAAUAAUACAUUUGCUAUUUGAUAUGUUUUUAUUUGGUCAUGGAAGAUUUUUUUAUUUUUAUUAUUAGUUUAGAGUUAGAUAUCAAAUAAGAAAUGGAAUUUUUACCAAACUUUACUGCAAUUUGAACUUUACCCAGAGUCAUCAACACAGGUAAAUCCACUCUACUUUGUUCAGUUUUGAUGGUUUUAAAAUGACCAGCCCCACCAGGAGUGUAGAUGACCAGAAGGUCAUCGGGGAAAGCCCAGUACACAAGCCGGAGACCCCCAGGUACCGCAGCUGGAGCAGCCUCCACUUCUCCAGAUGGAGGUGCGGCUCCCAGAGGGCCACCCCUCCAGGCACCCCCUCCCCAAAAACAGAGAAGAGGAGCGACGUGACCAGGACCUUGUUCUCCCUGGUCAAGACGCACAACGACGACUACGUCGCCGACCCCGAUGGCACCCUGGACCCCACYGGCGUGGGCGAGGGGGGCUACGAUGACCUCCUCCAGGACCAGUCCACCUACUUCCAGAAGCAGUUUGGCUCCAUGCUGCAGCCGGGGGUCAACAAGUUCUCCCUGCGCAUGUUUGGAAGCCACAAGGGGGUCGCUGCAGAACAGGAAAGGGUCAAGAGCUUUGGAGUGUGGAUCAUCCACCCCUACAGUGACUUCAGGUUUUACUGGGACAUAGUGAUGCUCCUGUUGAUGAUGAGCAACCUGGUCAUUCUGCCCUGGGGAAUCACCUUCUUUGAAGAUCAGAACACGUUGCCCUGGAUCGUCUUCAACGUCAUGUCUGACACCAUCUUCCUCAUGGAUUUGUUUUUCAACUUCCGCACUGGUAUCUUGGGAGAGGACAGCCACAUUAUUCUGGACCCCAAAGAGAUCCGUGUCCAUUACCUCCGCACCUGGUUCCUUGUGGAUUUCAUCUCCUCUAUCCCUGUGGACUACAUCUUUCUCAUUGUCGACAUGGAGUCCCGGCACGAGUCAUCCGACGUGUACCGUACAGCUCGUGCCCUCCGGAUCGUGCGUUUCACUAAGAUCCUCAGUCUGCUGCGGCUUCUGCGGCUUUCCCGUCUCAUCCGGUACAUUCACCAGUGGGAAGAGAUUUUCCACAUGACCUAUGACCUGGCCAGUGCUGUGGUGCGUAUAGUCAACCUGAUUGGAAUGAUGCUCCUGCUGUGCCACUGGGAUGGUUGUCUCACCUUCAUGGUUCCCAUGCUGCAGGACUUUCCUCCAGACUGCUGGGUCUCUAAAAACAACAUGGUGAACGCCACCUGGCACAUCCAGUACUCUUACGCCCUGUUCAUGGCCAUGAGUCACAUGUUGUGCAUAGGAUACGGCGCUCAUCCUCCAGAGGGCAUGAGUGACGUUUGGCUUACCAUGGUCAGCAUGGUUGUUGGAGCCACCUGCUACGCCAUGUUCUUGGGUCACGCAACUAACCUGGUCCAAUCCCUGGACGCAUCCCAUCGCCAGUAUCAAGAGAAGUAUAAGCAAGUGGAGCAGUACAUGUCGUUCCAUAAACUUCCUGCGGACGUACGACAGAGGAUUCACGAUUAUUACGAGCACCGAUUCCAAGGCAAGAUGUUCGAUGAGGACAGCAUACUUGGAGAACUCAGCGAUCCGCUCAAGGAGGAGAUUGUCAGCUAUAACUGUCGAGGACUCGUGGCCAACAUGCCGCUCUUCGCCAACACCGACCCUCAUUUUGUGACCGUGAUCCUGACCAAGCUUCGUUUUGAAGUCUUCCAGCCGGGAGACUUCAUCAUUCGAGAAGGAACGCUGGGUCGGAAAAUGUACUUCAUCCAACACGGCACUGUCACAGUCAUCCCACGUGGCAGUAAGGAGAUUAAACUCAGCGAUGGAGCGUAUUUUGGAGAGAUCUGCCUGUUAACUCAGGGACGACGGACGGCCAGCGUGAGGGCCGACACCUACUGCCGYCUCUACUCCCUGAGCGUGGACGAUUUCAACGAGGUCUUGGAGGAGCAUCCUCUGAUGAGGAGGGCGUUCGAAAGCGUGGCUGUGGAACGGCUCGAUCGAGUUUCACGAAGACCCAGUUAUCAGCCUCCGACCACUGAGUCAGAGUGACAUCUCCAACAGAAAGAGACAGAAUUUUUUAAAAACUGAAUUCCACUUUAUUAAAUGUAAACUUGAAUAAUUAUUCAAGUAUAUAAGAUUUUACACCUUCAGCUAAAUAAAUCUAUAUUUGUCUAUUUGUCAUUUGUUUGUGAUAGAUUCACUGUAAUUCCCAAACUGAACAGACUUUUGACAAGCUUUUCGCUUGUGUUUCUUGCGCAAAUUCCAUUUUUAGUUAUGCAGGUAUUAAAGCUCAGUCACUCAUAAAAACAUAUUUAAUGUAUGAUCACUARGGACAAUUAGUUUUAAUUAUACAUGUUUUUUCCAACUUGCACAAGGGAGUUUUAUUUAUUUUUAUUUUUUGUCUUUAUUUUGAGUCGGAUCCUGUCAUGUCAMUAAAAAUUAUUUUGAUUAGAUUAACAAUAUUUUAGAAGAUUUAUAUAGUUUUWUUCUCUCCUUUUUUGAGCURUUUGCACACACAACAGUAUUGUACAUCCUGUAAAAGUGUUUAGUUGGAACCAAAAUGCCUAUUUUCUGCCUGUUUAUUUUGACUUUCCAACAAAUAAUGUUCAUACUGAUCGUACAUUGUAAAUAUUAAUAUUUUUUGCUCCUGAAGCAUUAGUAUAAAAAAUUUUUUCCUA